GUGCAAAAUAAUAUAGGUAAUAUUUGUCAUAAGUAUAUGACUAUAUUUUCUCCAGGACACUUCAAUUGUUUGGGCUCACUUUAUGGAACCAAAGCUUCAAGCGAGGGAGCAUAUGAUUGACUCACAUUCACGAAGCAUAAUUGAUUAGAUGUAUUUGAAACCUCAGAAUCGAAUCUACAAACACAAAACGACAAUUUAUUUUUUCGUAUAAGUUCACAGUGUUCAAGCCAAUAUUGACAAUAGCAACACGCCUGCUCGUUAAACACCGCAUCGGACAGUGAAUGAUGUUAUAUGAUUAGUGCCGUAGACACCGAUGCAGUGAAAACAUUCAAUAUCAAGAACUCUGUGAAAUGGAAUGCAGCAUUGGAGACGUGAGAUCUCAGACAUGCUACACUUUCGGAACGUGGGACUAUGUUGUAUUCAGUUCAUUAUUCGUUAUAUCGGGAGGGAUUGGCCUAUAUUUCGCAUAUACGUCACGUACAAAUGAGGAAGAUAAGGAAGAUUAUCUCUUGGCUGGACGUAACUUACCGGCUUUUCCGGUAUCUUUAUCAAUGACAGCAAGUUUCAUGUCGGCAAUAGCAGUACUCGGCUUGCCAUCAGAAUUUUAUAUAUUCGGAACAAUGUUUUGGUGGUAUGCUCUGUCUUUUCUUCUAAUGGCAAUCGUCAUGUCUGAAGUAUACAUACCGAUUUUCUAUCGUUUGAAGAUUACGAGCACAUAUGAGUACCUUGAAAUACGAUUUAAUAGACCCGUUAGACUACUUGCAACAACUGUAUACAUCAUCAACUCGAGUUUAUAUGUUGGAGUAGUGAUAUAUGCACCUUCACUUGCUUUGAAUGCAGUGACGGGUCUUGGGAUUUGGUGGUCAGUGGCACUGACAGCUGGUGUAUGCAUGUUCUAUACUUCCCUUGGCGGAAUGAAGGCUGUUGUUUGGACUGAUGUAUUUCAGUGCUUAGUAAUGUGGAUCGGUCUGGUCGCGGUAAUAGCAAGAGCAUCAGUUUUACUCGGGGGAUUCAAUAAUAUGUGGCAAAUUGCAUCAGAUGGCGGGCGAAUACAGUUCGAAAACUUCGAUAUAGACCCAAGAAUGAGGCAUACGUUCUGGACAAUUUCACUCGGAGGAACACUUUACUGGAUAGGAACAUAUGGAACUACUCAAACUAUGGCACAACGAUAUAUAAGCUGCAAAAGCGAAAAUCAAGCAAGGCUGGCUGUUCAUCUCAAUGUCAUUGGGUUAUGGAUUGUGCUACUUCUCGUCGGGUUUGCUGGACUGUUUAUGUAUGCAUAUUACGCUGGGUGUGAUCCUUACUCAAAACAAUGGGUUGGGGCAACAGACCAACUUAUGCCUUAUUUUGUGCUUGAGAUACUGCAUGACUAUCCGGGAUUGCCAGGAAUAUUCGUAUGUAGUGCUUUUAGCGGAACAUUGAGCACAGUGUCCUCGGCGACAAAUGCAAUGGCUACUGUCACUCUCGAGGAUUUCAUAACUCCGUUUAAGAAAUUAUCUGCAAAGAAAACGCUGAUUUUGUCUAAAGUCUUGGUAGUAAUUUACGGGCUAUUGUGUACAAUUAUGGCAGUCUUGACAUCACAACUGGGAACAAUAUUAGAAGUGGCAUUCUCAAUUAACAGCAUCGUUGCAGGAGGGAUGACGGGGUUAUUCACACUCGGAAUGUUGUUGCCAUGGUGCAACUCGUACGGUGCCUUUUCGGGACUGUUAUCCGGGCUAGCAAUGUGUAUUUGGGUGUAUGUUGGAAGCACUAUCUAUCCGCCAACAAGCGAAAUGUUACAAAUAUUACCACUAUGUACUGAUAAUUGCAAUGGGACAAGUUCUUCGUGUGGGAUAUCAGAUAUUGAAACAACAUACGCACCGUACGUCGAAACAACUAUAGUCACCUACAAUGCAACCACGCCAACGGACGUCCGACCUCCAAUAGCGGAGCUGUACUCGGUAUCUUACCUUUAUUACAAUAUCAUCGGCUUUCUCACCACAAUUAUCGUUGGACUUGUCGUAUCCUUCGCAACGGGAUACCAAGAACCCUCCCUACUCCCACCUGAAACGAUUCGACCUAUUUUUGAUCACUUACUGUUUCGAUGGUUGCCGAAAAAAGUGCGUCGAUUUCUCUGGUGUGGAGUGAGGCACGACCGAGAAGAAGAAGAUCAAGUCGUCAAGGACGAAUGCGAUGUAGACUUCACUUACAAAUCACUCGGAGAUUCAACAGAGGCUGAAAUACACAUUGGAAAAACUAUUUCAGAUAAUUCGUUUAAUAUAACACUACCCGAAAAAAAUUCCAUCACCACAAGACUAUGACAAAUUAAGAGACAGGAGAGUAUUAAAAACAUAGCUAACGUCUAUAUGAAAUUAGUUAGAAUAUCAAUUGUUCUUACUAUUAGUAUAACGGAUAUAACUAUAUAUUUGUAUUUUACUUAACCCGUUCUAAUUAUUGGAAAAUGAAUUUCAUGAGAUUGAGUGAUUAAUUAAUAAAAAAAAUAAUGACACAGUUUUAUUGUGAAUAUACACAUACUGUGCGAGCAUCAAUAAAGGAAAUCACGUAGUGUUAA